AAUCUUUUCAUUAAUUUCCUCUUCUCACUUCAAUAUUAUCCAAAGCCCACUUUAUAAAUCAAAACACUUUUCUAAGGUAUCUAUAUAUAUAAAUAGCAAUCCAAUACAGCAGACGAGUAACAAGUUGCGUCGCUAGCAUUUUAUAAAAUGAUGCAGAUUCCAUCGUACGGCUUGGAUGCUUUUCCUGUGAUAAAUAGCGAAAUUCCAGUGUUUUGCCGGAGUACAAGUUUUAGUAGUCUCAUGCCAUGCUUAACGGAAAAUUGGGGUGACUUGCCGUUAAAAGUUGAUGAUUCGGAAGAUAUGGUGAUAUAUGGUAUAUUGCGUGACGCGGUUAGUGUUGGAUGGACGCCGUUUAAUUUAGCCGGUAAAGAGGUUAAAGCUGAGCCGACAGAAUUAAAAGCUGAGCCAAUUGAAUUAAAAACUGAGCCAAAUGAGCUAAAAACUGAGCCGGCUUAUUUGGCGGCUCGGGCGAAGGGAAAACACUACCGAGGAGUUCGGCAACGACCGUGGGGGAAGUUUGCGGCGGAGAUAAGAGACCCGUCUAAGAGUGGCGCGAGGGUGUGGCUUGGGACGUAUGAGACGGCUGAGGAAGCCGCAACGGCUUAUGAUAUAGCCGCAUAUAGGAUGCGAGGCUCAAAGGCUUUGUUGAACUUUCCACAUAGGAUUGGCUUGAAUGAGCCGGAACCGGUUAGAGUGACGUCAAAAAGAAGGUCACCCGAGCCGUCAACUUCGGCUUCAUCAAGUGGCUCCCCUAAAAGAAGAAACGUAAAAGUGUUAACGGCUGAGCCGGAAGUGCAAAGCCGAUCAUUAAAUGUGGCUCAAGCCGUUACUAGUUAAGUUGAAAAGUAUAGAUAUUUCAUAUUUGUGUUGCCAAAGUGCAACUACAUGAGGCCUAUGAGCCAAGGGUAAUGUGAAAGAUACUUGCCAACCCGACCCGACACGACCCGGGUGUUAUCGGAUAUUUGGAUUUGGGUUGGUAAAUACCAAAACUACCCUGCUUCAAGAAAGGGUCAUGUAAAAAGAUUUGGGGUCAUAAAUGGAAAAUUGCCACCAUAUUACUUGGUGCCUUUUUUGUGAGUAUAUUAUUACAAGUUAUUACAAAUAAUGUGUGAUGGGUGAAAGAGUUUUCUAAUGUUUUCAACUUUAUUUUAAAGGUUUAAAGCAUGAUCA